AUGCAGCACCCGUACCUGCUGGAGAACCACCGGCGGGUACACACGGGAGAACGCCCCUUCGACUGCUCGGAGUGCGACAAGAACUUCCCCCGCUACCAGACCCUGCUGCGGCACUACCGCAUGCACUCCGGCGAGAGGCCCUUCAGCUGCUCCACCUGUGGCAAGCGCUUCAAGACAGCACAUGAACUGAUGAACCACCAGCGGGUGCACACAGACGAGAAGCACUAUGGCUGCUCCACCUGUGGCAAGAGCUUUGCCCGGUUGUCGGGGCUACAAAGGCACCGGGGGAUGCACAGCGAUGACCGGCCCUUCACCUGCUCCGACUGCGCCAAAGGCUUCAAGUCGCCCUCGCAACUGAAGGGUCCAAAUAUAAUCAUCGCGCAGCAGGUCCGGACGGCAGAGUUAGAAGCGAUCAGCAGCUCCAAUUUUCACCAUUUUGUGCGUGACAGGUUGGGCGUUUGUGAGGAAGAUACUCGGAAGCUGAGCGCCAAUCACCGGCGGGGCGGUGCCGGCAGUCCCCCUCGUAUUGGGGAUGACGUCAGGGCGCCGGUCGUGCGCGCCGUACGUGUGGCAGACGUCUCGGCGCAGGGCCCCUGGCUGGCGGAGGUGCCCGGAAGCUCGGCGCCCCAGAUCGAUAACUUCACGACGGCGCAUGAGGUGAAGAGCCACCGGCGUGUGCACACGGGCGAGAAGCCCUAUGGCUGCUCCACCUGUGGCAAGAACUUUGCCUGGUUGUCUGGGCUACGGCAGCACCGGCGGGUGCACACGGGCGAGAAGCCCUUUGUCUGCUCCACCUGCAGCAAGGGCUUUGCCUGCUUGUCGGGGCUACAGCGGCAUCAGCGGGUGCACAGCAGCUUCAAGUCGUCGCUGGACUUGUUGAUGCACAGGCGCCUGCACACGGGGGAGCGGCCCUACACCUGCAGCGACUGCGGCAAGGGCUUCACCCGCGCCAACAACCUGCAGCGGGUGCAUACUGGCGACCGUCCUUUCCACAGGCCCUUUGGUUGCUCUGACUGCGGCAAAGACUUCAAGAGGGCAGACCAGCUGAAGAACCACCGGCGGGUGCACAGCACUUCGGUGGAGGACCACAUGACGGGGCACAACAAGGAGAAGCCUUAUGAGUGCGACGUGUGUGGCAAGGCCUGGAAGCACGCAUGCAAGCUGGAGAUUCACCGGCGGGUGCACACGGGAGAACGCCCCUUCGAAUGCUCGGAGUGUGGCAAGAACUUCCACAGAUAUGACAGGCUGCUUAGGCACAACCGCUUGCACUCCAGCGAGAGGCCCUUCACCUGCUCCGACUGCGGCGAGAGCUUCAAGGCAGCGUAUAGCCUGAAGGUCCACCAGCGGAUGCACACCGGCGAGAAGCCCUAUGGCUGCUCCACCUGUGGCGAGACCUUUACCCAGGAGUCAGGGCUGUCGUCGCACCGGCGGUGCGGCAAGAGCUACACCCUCUCCAACAGCCUGCUGGUACACCAACGAAUCCACACCGGCAAGUACCCCCACACCUGCGCCGUGUGCGGCAAGGGCUUUACCCACUCCUUCACCCUCCUGUCCCACCAACGGGUGCACUCCAGCGACCGUCCCGUGGCCAGCGGUAGCCAGCCCUACGACUGCCCGUACUGCGCUUCGGUGGAGGACCACAUGGCGGGGCACAACAAGGAGAAGCGUUAUGAGUGCGACUUGUGUGGCAAGGUCAUGCAGCACCCGUACCUGCUGGAGAACCACCGGCGAGUACACACGGGAGAACGCCCAUUCGACUGCUCGGAGAGCGACAAGAACUUCCCCCGCUACCAGACCCUGCUGCUGCACUACCGUAUGCACUCCGGCGAGAGCCCCUUCAGCUGCUCCACCUGUGGCAAGCGCUUCAAGACAGCACAUGAGCUGAUGAACCACCAGCGGGUGCACACAGACGAGAAGCCCUAUGGCUGCUCCACCUGUGGCAAGAGCUUUGCCCGGUUGUCGGGGCUACAACGGUACCGGGGGAUGCACAGCGAUGAUCGGCCCUUCAUCUGCUCCGACUGCGGCAAAGGCUUCAAGUCGUAUUCGCAACUGAAGCUACACAGACGCAUGAUGCAUGAUGCACUUCUCAUGAUGCAUGCCGCCGCCCCACGUGGCUCAACGCCAAUCACCGGCGGGGCGGUGCCGGCAGUCCCCCUCGUAUUGGGGAUGACGUCAGGGCGCCGGUCGUGCGCGCCGUACGCCUGGCAGCACCCUUGCCUGCUGGAGACUCACCGGCGGGUGCACACGGGAGAACGCCCCUUUGACUGUUUCGACUGCGGCAAGAACUUCACGACGGCGCAUGAGGUGAAGAGCCACCGGCGUGUGCACACGGGCGAGAAGCCCUUUGGUUGCUCUGACUGCGGCAAGGACUUCAAGAGGGCAGACCAGCUGAAGAACCACCGGCGGGUGCACAGCAGUGAGCGACCCUUCACCUGCUCCGACUGCGACAAGAGCUUCAAGACGAUGCAUGAGCUGAAGAACCACCGGCGGGUGCACAGCAAUGAGCGGCCCUUCACCUGCUUGGACUGCGGCAAAGGCUUCAAGUCGUUCACGGAACUGAAGGUGCACAGGCGCUUGCACACCGGGGAGCUGCCCUACAUUUGCAGUGACUGCGGCAAGGGCUUCGCCCGCUCCGACAGGCUGGUGGAGCACCAGCACACUCACGCCAGCGAGCGCCCCUUCACCUGUGACCAGUGCGGCAAGGGCUUCACCCGCUCCUCCAGGCUGCUGUCCCACCAGCGGGUGCACGCCGGCGACCGUCGCGUCCCCAGCCCGGUGUGUGAAGAGCAAUUUCCGUCACCGAUGUUGCAGAAGAAAUAG